CCUUCUCUGUAGUGUCCAAUGGUGUGAUGAAUCCACACACAGGCACCACCUACGCUCUGGAUGCAAAGCUCAGAGCUCUAGCUGCAGCACUCACAACUAACACACCGACACUUACAUUCACAUCUUGGGCUACUUUUGUGGAUUAUUGUUUUGAUGACAAUGUUUCUAACUUUCUGCAUAUUCAUAACCAUGUUCUCUACUACUGUAAUCUGGGUCGAAGCUGGUAAAACAGAGCCGCAAACUCUUCGCAGACAGAAAAGAGGUUGGAUCAUCCCUCCAAAACGGCUGCUUGAGAACGUGGAUUAUACCCAAGAAGAAUAUAUUGCCAAAAUCCGAUCAGAUGAAGAAUACAGGAAGAAUAUUAGAUAUUCACUAAUAGGCCCUGGAGCAGAUGAAAAAUUAUUCAGCGUAAACAAAACGAACGGCUACGUCAGGAUCCACGGCAUCUUGGACAGAGAACUAGAAGCCGAAUAUGAACUUAAAGGGAGAGCUGUACUACCAAAUGGAACACUUGCUGAAAAGGACCUAGAUUUAAAAAUCAUAGUAGUUGACCAGAAUGACAAUGACCCUGUGUUUAAUUAUGAUAUGAAGGGAUCCGUGAAGGAGCUCAGUGACAAAGGCACCCUGGUAUUUACAGCUACGGCUACGGAUCUGGACGAGGAUGGCACUUUAUAUUCAAAAAUUGCCUACGAAAUUAUACAUCAGGAUCCGGAAGGAGAGGCGAUGUUCGAGAUCAGCCGUGCGUCUGGUGAAAUCAAAGUCAAGAUGAACACUCUGGACCGAGAGAAACAAGAAACGUACAAACUGAUAAUCACGGCUACAGAUAUGGACGGAAGUGACCAUGAUCCCAACAACAAACCAAGUACAGGAACAGGAACUGUGACCAUCAGCAUACUUGAUGUCAAUGAUAAUAUCCCUACAUUGGAGAAUGAAUUUUACGAAGGCAAGGUGGAGGAGAAUCUCAAGAAUAAGGAAGUCAUCCGGAUUAAAACCGUAGACAAGGACCAGAAGUACACUAAGAACUGGGAAGCCGUGUACACCAUCAUUUCAGGAAAUGAGGCCGGUUACUUCAACAUCAUCACAGACUUCGAAUCUAAUGAUGGCAUCCUGAUGGUCACUAAGGAGCUGAACUUUGAGGAGAUGAACGAGAUCAGUCUGAAAGUGGUGGUCAACAACAAGGCACCUUAUCAUAAGUCAGUGGUGAAUGACAAGAUUGUAGAAUACCCCAUAAAAAUAAAAGUCCUGAACGUGCUUGAAGCCCCUCAUUUCAACCCUCAAAUCAUAUUUGUCAGUGUCACUGAAGACACAGAACUCACUGAUCUGACGAAGGUCAUCGCCACCUUCAAAGCCACAGACACUGAUACGUUGUUGACGGCCACUAACGUCAGGUAUUUAAAAAAAGAAGAUGUUUACCAGUGGGUGAGCAUUGAUGAGCAUACAGGCGACAUCAAACUCAACAAUUAUCCAGACUACGAGUUGGAGGAAUUGAAAAAUGGAAGAUACUAUGUCAAAAUUAUAGCAGUCACUAAAGAAUUUCCAUUCAAAACUGCGACAGGAACUCUUGUGAUUCAGGUGGAGAAUAUCAACGACAACUCUCCGAUUCUGGCCAACUCGGUCGGUACUAUAUGUUACGGCAGCAAAGAUGUGUACGUCACCGCCAAAGAUGGGGAUCGUUCCCCCUACGCAGAACCUUUUAAUUUCGCACUGGUUACCAAGGACACAGAGAAAUGGAGCUUAGAUUAUCACAAUGCAACAACACAUAUUUUGCGCAGCAAGGAGGAAAACCUGUGGCCGGGAAUAUACACAGUAAAUCUGGUGGUCAAAGACGUUGGAGGAAAGUCCUCUGAAAUUCAAAAGCUUCAGUUAACCGUGUGCACAUGCAAGGACCCAAACAAUCCAACAUGCCAAUCUGCGAGACAGAGCCGCAAUGCUACUGUACUGGGAGCAGGCGGUGCUCUGACACUUCUGAUAGGAAUCCUGCUUCUCGCGGUGAUUCCACUGAUUUUGCUGAUGUGUGAGUGUGGAACUAAAUCUGAUCCCCGUGAAUUCCCCUUAUAUGCAGAACAGAAGCUCAUCAAAUAUAACACUGAAGGCCAAGGAGAGGAUAAGGAACUAUGUCUUGUAGCCAUGCCCAAGAAUGGCAGCAGCGUGAAACUGGAAGCUGAAUCAAGAUUUAUGAAAGCAUAUCAAACAGAACUAGCACUGAUGCAUCAGAUGCACGUGACUGGAGAAGGUGGCAGUGGCGGCAAAUGGGGAGCUAGAUUGGGAGCUGGAUGGGGAGCUGGAUUGGGAGCUGGAUGGGGAGCUGGAUGGGGAGCUGGAUGGGGAGCACAUGAACACUGGAGAAAAUUUGGAUGGGAAUCUGAAGAGGAAAACAUAAAAUGGCUUCAUAAACAUGCUGACAAUGUGGAUUUUAACGCAACUGGAAACAGAAGACAGUCUGAAUUUUUUACAGCGAGCACCCUGGAUUCCAUGGCUUUAUCCGAGGACUUCUUAAACACGUACUAUUCAAUGAAAUCGUGGGAAAUUACAGACCAGGAAGCCGAUACGAACCAGCUGCUGGUGUAUGACGACGAAGACCUCAGCUCAGUCGCAAGCUACUUUGAUGAAGACAACUACAUGACUGAAGACAAAGAAUUAGAUUUCCUCGAUGACCUCGGACCUAAGUUCAAAAGGCUCGGUGAGAUAUGCGGUGGCUGGUCCAUGGAACUCGAGGUCAGCUCCUCUCCCACGCCUGACAUAAACAUCUCCUCCAGUUCACAAGUGGGCGUCAAUGUGAAAGGUAUUGUUGAUGUUGUUCACAAUGAAGCGACCUCUGUCUCUGCAUCCAGCUCCUCCUCCACCACCCAAAUCACCACUACAAAUUAUGCAGAGAAUGUUAGCAGUGGAGGCGCUACAUCAGCAGCAACUGUGGGCCAAACUGUGUUCAUCCAGCAGCCACCUGUCUACUUUUCUUCUACACCCAUGUUCAUAGUGGAGCAACAGAAUCAGCCUGCUUGUUUUCUAGCUUCUGGUCAAAUCCUGGGUGUUCAGGAACAGAAGGUGGUGCUGGUAGAAAAAGGGGCAACCAACAUGGCAAUCGGAGCCGAGAACACCCUUCCAGGCCUGCGGCUGCAGCAAGCAAACACCAGAGUUCUGGUGGAUCCAGGAAUUGGAGGCACACUGGUGAGCGGUUUCUCAGACUGCUCUGAGCCUCAGGGCACUGUUUCUGGUACCUUUCAUGUUGUGGAGAGCCAAUGCAGUACAGUAGAGAGCACAGAGGCUGCACAUGUCAUGCAGAGCUCCUUACACUCCAGCAUCAGAAAGAGUCAGCAUAUACAGAUCGAAGAUAAAGUAGGGAGCUUGGCUUAAGGAAAUGCGUCAGAAUUCCCAAGUGUCCUUUCACUUUUGCAACAAGAUCUGCAUCUAUUUGAUGUCCCUAAUGGUGGAACUCACCAAGAGGUGCAAGAGGAACAGGUUUUCAGUUGCAGAGAAAGAAUGAAACUAUAAACAUAGUCACAUAUUCUACGUAAAUGCAUACCCUUAUUUUUGUAAAUUGAGCCAUUAGUUCUGAAGAAUAGGUCACCAGCCUGAUUUACCAGAAGGGCAAGUUUGCACCUGAGAAAAAAAAUGAAGGAGGAAGACUUUUGUUUUUUUUUAAAGCUUGACAAUAAUUCAUAGUCAUAGACAUUAGUAGUCAAGUAAUUGACUACCUUUUGCUGUAUGUAGCUUCUUAAUUAAAAUAUGACUUAUAUAAAUCAUAUUUUCUAUGGGUUUCGUAUCUCUGGUUGAUAUCUGUACAUCGUUUAUAUCAUUUACAUCGUACAUUAUACUGUAACUAAUAUUAUACUGUAACGAAUCUACAUCCAUUUCUAAUGUUCUGCUGUUCGCAUAAAUUAGUGCUGCUACGUAAAGCUAAAAAAAUGUCCUGCUGAUCGCUAUCAAAUUGUAUCGGCGUGUUUGUGUAGUUGCUCUAUUAAUCGUUAGUAGUAUUAGGAGGUUUUUUUGCAACAGAUGGGUUUCUCUUCAGGUAUCAGCUGAUGUUCUUUGUUUUCUCUGUUUAUUUCUAAGCCAAUAAUGGAAAUAGAGUAGACUGCAUUUCCCUCAUAUUACUGGAUCUUUAUUACAACAGCUUUCCACUGAUUAAGAAUAAUGGCACACACACACACACACACACACACACACACACACACACACACACACACACACACACACACACACACACAAAGUUUGGAUUAUUUAUGACAACACCGUAGUGCCACCUGCCGGAAUAAAACACUGGCAUGAAAAUGAUUGCAUGGGUGAUAGACACACCCCAAACUGCACAAUGAUUGCGUGCUCUUGACACGACAACUGAGUGAAUUUGUAUUGAAAGUCUGAAGUAAAACAAAAUGUGAAACUGUGAAAAUGUGUAUUUUGUAUGUUUGUAUAUUUGUGUGUUGAUGGAAAUGUUCGCCUGUGGUUUAAAACCCAUGCUGCCCAGCUGUGCAUGUUGUCCCCGACCACAACCCUAAUGUUAUCUCAUCAUCUCUUUAUCAGUAGCGCGAUUGUCUAGAUGUUAACACCAUACACUAUAGACUUUCAUGUUUCAUACUGGUCAA